CAUAUUUUCGGUGAUAACCCCGAAAGUGGCACCUUUGUCUUUUUGAAACCUCUUACUCCUCCAUCACAGAUGCCAGUAAAACGUGUGAUUACAAGUCGAAACCGAGCUCCUAAGGGGGUGACAUCCCUGGCCGCCAAUCUCGCAGGACUUCAUGCAGGUGGAAGGUAAGUACAAUUCGGCUUGCAAUGUGUGGCACAGGCUCCAACGUAUCGCCAGAUCUCUCGAGGAACUCAAAGAGAGGUGACCUCCUUUCGAGUUUCAACGCCCGAGGUCUACCUAACUAGUUGCCGAUAUAGCGAUGACAUUCUUCACGGGGCUGAAUCCCAGCGUCUACGGAGCUUUUGCACAAACCAAGUCAUGGAUCCCAAUACUGAUCUAGACAACUUCGGCACGAUGGUAUUUUUUGGCAGAGUGGACAGGGUGAAGGAUGAUAUACGGAGAAGAUUGCAGAAUUAUGGUGGGAACCAUCUAAGCUUUGACUGCUCAGUGGCUCAUCUCCUUUCAUCGCCAGAAUCCCAGCCCCAGCACACUCGCCUCGAAAAAGUGGCGGAAGAAAUAUUCAAGCUUCGAUACGGUGCAGCUCGUACUCCAAUCAUGAACUGUAUUGGACAAGCACGCAUUUUGCUACCUCAGCUGCGAGAUGCUCAUCUCGAAAUCGCUCGAUACAUUCUCGAUACAUUCGCUCCCGUUGUUAAUAAACGGGUCAAUAUCGUUGACGCUCCGGAUCUUGCGGGUACAACUGCACUCGCACAUGCAAUAUCUACGAAACCUGCCUUCGACCCCGAAUUUGCUCAAGUGCUCUGGGAGGCUGGAGGUAAUAUCAAUCGUAGGAACCGCUACGGAGCCACAGCAGCACAUGAAUUUUGCAUGGUUUGGAAACCAGAUGACCGCGCUAUCCUGAACAGAGCCAAGGAUACUCUCAAGUGGUUCCUUGAGCACGGUGGUAAUACGGAACUGGCUGAUGGAGAUGGAAUGAAACCAUCAAAUAUGAUUAUGAGGAUCCGGGGGGGACUAGAAAUGAUUCUGAAGGACCAUGAAGCGAAGCGUCGACAGAGGGGUAGAGAACCAAAACGUGCCUGUGUUACAUGUGGCGAGCGAGACCGAAAAUUGAAGGAAUGUUCGCGAUGUGAGAGUACACGGUAUUGUGCUCCGCCACGGAGAUGUCAGAGGGCAGAUUGGUCGGUUCACAGGUUAACCUGUAAGCGUCCCACCGCUCAGCAUGCAAGACCAGAUCGGCAGCAGGUGACAGGAAAGAGACUUGAAUCAAGGACCGAUUUUUGAACGCGGGACGAAGGAUUUAUCUUUGGAUGUACCUCACACGGGCUCACGGGUGAUCUUACUUGCACUGAUACAUAUCACUAUGGCUUUCAAUCAGAGUCCUAUUGUCAUGAUGUGUGUUACAUAGAUCUCGGUCUAAAGUUCCUCCGCGUCGA